GGCAUCACUGACGGGACUCAUCACGGAGGCAACUCACCAGCUUCAAAACUGACAAUGGCUAGUAGCAAAUGUUGGUUCGUUCUACGGCACACCCAUUAUCCUCCUCCUACAUUCCCCGACAAUGGGGUUGGGCAGUCAAGGGGCCCAAUAUGCCUUGGUCAUUUGAUACCGGACUUGCAACAUCUCGACAACGUUAUCAACCGGCACGGCCCUCAAGAGUUCCCGCCAGACAUGCCAGCCUACCUAACGCAAGCUCGAAACUUCAACUGGCAGUCAGAGAAGGAUCGUGGGGUCGAUCUGUCUGCUGAAGUUGGCCUUCCAAUUGCCACAGCCGUAGGAGUCAUGGCCAAGGGCAGCGCCAGUGUGGCAUUCCGGCGAUCUGUCAGCAAUUUCUCCGAGUUCAAGUCGCUCGAUACGUUUAUUGUGCAGGUCACCCCCUCAUAUAUCGAAGACGCUCUAGAUGCCGAAGAAGUCUCCGAGUACGUGCGGAAACACACAAAGUUCGGUACAUGGUCAAUGUUCAUGAUCACCGGCAUUAUAGUCGCCAAAGGGGGGAGGGUUUCCGCUUCUGAAGGCGGCAAGAAGGGGAUCGGAGGAGGACCCGGGGUAGAAGUUCCCGGUGUAGCUGAGGUGCAACUGAACCUUAAGGCCUGGGCAGAAAAUAAUAGUCUUGCUGUGUCCUCCGAACAAGUAUCCGACUUUGUCUGGGCAGUCAGACUGGCUAAAAUUUCUAAGGGCUUUCUGGAUCGAGAAUGGUCAUACUCGACGUUUUCAAAGGGAGCAACAUAUGGACUUGAAGACGAGGAAUUCGGGAAAGGGGUCACGGAGAGCCUCUCAAAAGAAGGCAUUAGAGGCGCAGAGUUGAUUACUGCUGACGACGAGCUCUUCGUCCUCUAAGGAGGCUGAUGAUUAGGGAAUUGCUCUGCGGGCAGGUGGCAAGUUGGAAACAGCUGCAUCGCCGUCACUAUUGCUAUUCCUAGCAACGGAAAUAGCAAUGGACAGCAACGGCAAGAGUGACAGGAGUGACAGCAAGAGCGAUAGACAGUAAUAGCAAGAGCAACAGAUAGCAAUAGCAAGAGCAAUAGAGAGCAGUAACAAGAG